CAUGGCGGGACCUGUUGAUGUGAAUAGGUCGCUGAAAGAGGCCUUGUACGAAAGUCUGUCAGCAAUUCUCUCACCAGAACAGUCGAUCAGAGCGGGUGGUGAAGAACAGAUUAAAGCAUUGGAAGUUACAGAAGAGUUUGGAAUUCAUCUUGCUGAGUUUACUGUGGAUCCCCAAGGCCCUUUGGCCAUACGUCAGCUUGCAUCUGUUCUACUCAAACAGUAUGUGGAAGUACAUUGGUCACAGCAUGCUGAGAAAUUCCGACCUCCAGAGACAUCUAAUGGGGCUAAGGCUGCUGUGCGACAGAUCCUUCCAGCAGGUCUGCGUGAGCCGAUCAGCAAAGUUAGGUCCAGUGUUGCUUAUGCUGUCUCGGCCAUUGCCCACUGGGACUGGCCCGAGGCAUGGCCAGAGCUGUUCAACAUACUAGUCCAAGCUCUGACCAGUGGGGAUACAAAUGCUGUCCAUGGAGCUAUGAGAGUUUUAACAGAAUUCUGCCAGGAUGUCACAGAUAUCCAGAUGAUCCAAGUCGCACCGGUCAUUCUCCCAGAAAUGUACAAGAUAUUUACACAGGCUGAACUUUACAGUAUACGAACAAGAUCAAGGGCGGUCAGUAUAUUCAAUGUGUGUUCUGGCCUGAUAGCCGCCAUGUCAGAUCUCAAUAAGGGUGUGCCUAAACAGUUGCUUUAUCCAGUGUUACCUCAGUUUAUGGAAGCUUUUGUUCAGGCGUUACAAGUCCCAGAUGGGAUGACAUCAGACAGUGGGCUGAAAAUGGAAGUCUUAAAGGCUGUGACAACUGUUACAAAAAGUUUCCCUAAGAAGAUGGCAGAAUGGUUACCCCAGCUCCUUACCCCUGUGUGGAGCAUUUUUACGCAAAGUGUUGAUGUGUAUGUACGGACUGUGAUAAAUGGAACUGAGGAGGCAGAUGACCCCGUGGAUUCAGAUGGGGAAGUAUUAGGCUUUGAAAACCUUGUGUACGGUGUGUUUGAGUUUGUUCACGGCCUCAUAGACAGCACAAGGUUCAGGAGCACUGUGAGGAAGUCAGUGGAUCAGAUCCUCUACUUUAUCUUGCAAUACAUGCAGAUUACAGAAGAUCAGGUAAAGUUAUGGAGCACAAAUCCCGACCAGUUUGUUGAGGAUGAGGACGAUGAUACAUUCUCAUAUUCCGUCAGAAUCUCCGCUCAAGAUCUUCUCCUGUCUCUUACAAGUGAAUUCAAGUCUGGAAGUGCGCGAGCGUUGUGUGCUGCUGUUAGUCAGCAUAUGCAAGAAGCAGAAGCAGCAAAAUCAGCAGGCAGUCAGAAUUGGUGGAAACUUCAUGAAUCCUGCAUGCUUGCAAUAGGAAGUGUCAAAUCUGAGAUAGUACACUGUUUACAGGAUGGAAAAAUCCAGUUUGACAUAAAUGGAUUUUUACAAUCAGUUGUCUUGGCUGAUCUGAGUAAUUCAGUAUCUCCGUUUUUGACUGGUCGAAGUUUGUGGACAGCAAGCCGUUUUACAGAUGUCAUGUCAGAAGAAUUACUUCAAAGUUUUCUGCAGGCAACAGUGGGCGGCUUGCACCCGACGCAGCCUGCUGUGAUUAGGAUCUGUGCUGUAAGGGCUGUGUCCGGAUUCAGUGAACAUCUCAAACAGUCCCACAAGACUCAAAUGUUAAUCCCUCAUCUUCCAAACAUCUUAGACGGACUUGUGGCCAUAGCACAACAGUUCUCUGCAGACGUACUGGCCUUGGCAAUGGAAACGUUAGCUGUGGUACUAACGGUAGACAGUCAGUUCACUGCCUCCUCGGAAGGCAAGGUUGCUCCGCUCACAAUAGCUAUCUUCCUGAAGUAUUGUAAUGAUCCACUCGUAGUGAGUCUAACAGAGGACAUUAUCAAGGUGUUGUCAGAGAAUGAAGGCUGCAGGCAGCUACUUCAACAACGGCUGGUGCCUACUCUCAUUAGCAUCAUCCAGGCACCAUCAGACAGAAUACCUGUGGGACUUCCACCUAUUGCGUUAGAUCUACUGCAGACGUUAAUCCGUACUGGCUGUUCACCAAUCUCUAACCUGCUUAUAAAUGGCUUCCCUGCUGUGGCUCAGUGCACACUUAGCUCAGAUGAUAAUGCAACGCUACAGAAUGGAGGUGAAUGUUUAAGGGCCUAUUGUUCAGUGGGCUUAGAACAAAUCAUCAACUGGCAAGAUUCUCAAGGACAUAAUGGGCUGUAUUACAUCGUACAAGUCAUCAUCAAACUUCUGGACCCAAAGACUUCAGAAUACACUGCAACAUUUGUAGGCCGAUUGGUUUCCCUGGUCAUAGGGAAAGUUGGGGAAAAGUUAGGCGAGAACUUAGACCUGAUGUUAAGAGCUGUGCUUAGCAAGAUGCAGCAAGCAGAAUCACUUAGUGUUAUGCAGAGUUUGGUGAUGGUGUUUGCUCACUUGAUUCACACUCAGCUUGACCCUGUCCUAGAAUUCCUGUCUAAUGUACCUGGUCCGACGGGAAAGCCAGCUUUGGAGUUUGUCCUCACAGAGUGGUGCUCCAGGCAGCACAUAUUCUAUGGAGCUUAUGAGGGCAAAGUCAGCGCUGUAGCACUGACAAAGCUGUUACAGCAUGCAAUAAGUAAAAACGACAUGAGAUUACAGAACAUAACUGUCCAGGGGGACCAAGUAAACCAGUCUAAUGGCAUCAGGACACGGUCCAAGGCAGCUCAAGCCCCAGAGGAGUGGACAACAAUUCCUGUCCUGGUGAAAAUCUACAAGCUUUUAAUUAAUGAGUUAUCCAAUCAGAUGGAGAGUAACAUGUCUACUCAGGUGUUGACUGGGGAUGAAGAGGAUGAGGAAUGGGAUGGUGAUGAGGAAGACGACGAAGAUGAUGAUGGAGAUGAUGAUGGGAUGUUUAAGGGAACACAGACCUUGUCAAGCUUACUGGAAGAUUUUGCAGGGGAUUACAGAGGUAUAGGCCUUGCAGAAGAUGAGUCUGAUGAAGAUGACCCAGAUGCUUUAAAUGACCCUAUCUUUCAAAUAGAUCUCCAGGCAUACCUGACAGAGUUUCUGCAGAGUUUAUCGCAGUUGCCGUGUUACAGCAUGUUCAGUGCACAUCACACUGAGACGGAGCGACAGGUGUUGCAGACGAUAGGUGUGCAUUCCUGAUGCUAUAGGAACUCUUUGGGUCCCCCCAUACUUGCUGCCUGAAACCUCAUAAUGACUAGUCUCUGACCAGCACAGUUUUGUUGGUUGUACCCAUACCAGGUGCUGUCGUGUCGUUUUAGUUGUGAAAAUUAUAGUCUUUCAAAAGCUUUGUGCUUGCAAAGCCUAUCCUCCCUUCUGAACGUGCUUAAGAUAAGGCUGCCUUUAUUCAUGACCUCUGUCUUCUGCAAUCAACAAUAGGUAAUAUCACUGUUUACUAUGUCAUCGGCAAAUAUAAAGAUGGAAAAAAUGCACAGCAUUUGCGAGAAAGUUUUGUGAUAUCAUUAUGUUACCGUUCUAUUAAAAUGUACAUAAGACUGUAACGAUGCUCAUCGCCAUCAACUUGUCAACAUACUUGACUGUUAAUCUAUUAUUCUCAUAAAACCAGUAAUUCUGGCACAAAGUAUAUUAUGAUUUUUUUUCUUCCAACACUUUGAUAUUUGUUGAAAACAAAUGUAUUUUUGCUCGGCUACUCUUAGAUUUUGCAUAUUUCACUUGUGUAACUGCAUUUGAUUCAAUAACUUUUUAUGCACGUGCAAAUGUGGGUAUAAUCGGUCUGUUUGUUGGCUGUAAUUUUCAGAAAUCUGUUGAACUGUGGCCAGCUUGUUCAUAUUACCGAUUUCUCAUAAUCCAUUUUUCAUUGUCGGAUUUUACUUCAUUGUUAAAUACAGAUAACAUAUUUCGUAAUGCAUGUGUUUUCAUGUUUGCACCGAGUAUUGGAAGUGGAACUUUCAGAAUAUGUGAAUAAUCUAUGAGCAGAACAAAUAAGUAACUUUAUAUUCUUGUAUAUUAGCUUGUUUUAUCGGUUAAUACAUGUGAUUAUGGAGUAUGUUUUUCAGAUGUCACCUCGUUUUCAUCCCAUUGAUUUAGUUGUACAAACAUGGCUUGCUGGUUAGGAAUUCACAGACAUCUGUUCUUUGGCUAGAAGUUCACAUUGUUAAUAAUUGGGAGAUCAGUAUUAGAAUUGUACAUUGUAACCCAUUGAGUUAUUUUUAUAUGGAUAUUUCCUGUGUUUCUUUCCCUUAGGUCUUUUGUAUAUAGCAUGUUUGUUAAUACAUUUGUAAACUUGCUCUGUAAAUGACUGCUUAGGUCUGAAAGUCUGUCUUUUUAUUGCCAGUUUUAAUGAAUUCAUUGUACUUAAAUGAUGCUUCCCUUGUAGAUGCAAUCUGAGUCCUAAAUAAAUUAAUGAAUGUCUCUAUCCUGCAGAGAUACCAUGUUUUAUGUACUGAGUAUUUACCAGUAAAGUUUGUUCAUGUGCAGAUUGAGGCCUUCGGUGUAGUACAUUAGCCACCUUGACAGGUGUAAAAGGAUUGUGACAGCACUGUAGAUUUUACUAAAAACAUAUGGGCAGAAAGAGUGGAAAAGACUGCUUGUUCAUAAUUCUGCAUCUGAAUUUGCCAACACUUAAAAUCAUGUCAUGUACAGUGGCCUUCCAUAGUUGUGAAAAGAGCGAAGAAGUGGCCUAUGACUGAAUGUAGUAACUUCAUCACAGAAAAGGGCAUGCAAUGUAGAACAUCAGGCUAGCCAGGUUAGAUGGAGCUUGUCAUAUGGCAUUUUAUGUACCUCCCUUUUUUGUCUUCAUGAAAGUCGGUUCAUUAAAACAGAUUCCAGCAUUUUAUCCAUUAACUUCUUUAGUCUUCAACAAACACCUGAGAGUAAGUAUGAGCUUUUGGUGUGUAGUGUGACUACAAAUAUCUGCACUGCUCAAAUUUUCACUGAGCAACUGGUUGUGUUCAUUCAUAUUUCAUUAGUCUGAAAAAUAUUUACCACUUGAUGGGUUAUAAUAUUAAGAAUCUAUAUAACAACCUCAGCAUUGCCUUUUCUGUUGAUGUAAAUCAUGAUGCUAGUUGCUAGCCUGACAAAACCCAUUAAACUGUUUGACCAGUUAAGUCUUAGGGUCAAGAUUUUGCUUUAUUCACGUAACAGACAUUUGAAACUUAAUUGGCAGAACAAAAUAAAAUACAAUGCAUGGUGCUGUAGCAUGACAUAUAAAGCCAUCUCACCAUCUUGAAAUCCUUGAAGGUGACAUACCAGUAUUUUAUUCACUGGUAAUACUUCACAGAAUUUUACAAAUUGAACCCCAAAGGACAGCUCAAGAAAUGUUUAUUCUUGAGUUAUGGCAAUUCUUAGAGCCUGUGACUGAUAUAUUUUAUGUAAGGAAUUUACUAAGAUACGGGCUUGUAAGUGGUGGUUGACACAUAUCUCACGUCUCUGAUGACUCACGUACAUGAACAAGUAUAAACGAAAUGAUAUAAUAUUGAAAAUGGCAUAAUUUGUUUGUUUAUUGGACUGUUGUUAAACACCAUAUUCAAGAAUGCGUCACUGAAACUAUGGCAGUCCAUUUUACAGGUGGAGGAAACCGGAGUGCCCACUUGAGCAUCAUUG